CGUCUGCUCGCUGGUAUUUGUCCCCUCCACUCAAUUAUAGACAACCGCUGUAAGCCGACUUUAUUCAUCAUCAAACAACCGAACCGUUUGCUGCAACUUGCUCUUGCAUUUUACUUCGUCUCAUCGUAUUAAAUUUAUUGUGCGAAUAUGGCUCUAAGCGUUCCGAAAAUUAAGUUUUAUAACGGAAAUGAAAUUCCAAGUUUUGGUUUAGGAACUUGGAAGUCUAAACCUGGUGAAGUAACGGAAGCUGUGAAAUAUGCUAUAGAUAUUGGGUACCGUCAUAUUGAUUGCGCUCAUGUCUAUGGGAAUGAGAAGGAAGUUGGGGCUGCUUUGAAAGCGAAGAUUGGUGAAGGGGUAGUAAAGAGAGAAGAUCUUUUUAUAACCAGCAAGCUAUGGAAUAGUUAUCACAAGCCCGAAAGUGUUGAAAAGGCUAUCAAAACAACUUUGAGCAAUCUUGGUCUUGAUUAUUUAGAUUUAUAUCUUAUUCAUUGGCCAAUGGCAUAUGAAGAUGGUGAUGUUCUUUUUCCAACUAAUCCCGAUGGCUCACCGAAAAUGACUGAUACCGAUUACGUUGAUACUUGGCGUGGUAUGGAAGGCGUUUGCGAAAAAGGAUUGACUAAAAAUAUUGGAUUAAGUAACUUCAAUUCUGAGCAAAUUGAAAGAGUUUUGAAAAGUUGUAAAAUAAAGCCUGUAACCAAUCAGAUUGAAUGCCACCCAUACUUGACUCAAAAAGAGCUAACCAAAUUCUGCAAAGAACGAAACAUUGUAAUUACUGCUUACAGCCCCUUGGGAUCACCGGAUAGACCUUGGGCAAAACCUGAUGAACCAGUCCUUUUAGAAGAUAAGAAGUUAAUUGAGAUUAGCAAGAAAUACAACAAAACUACUGCUCAAGUUGUCAUACGCUAUCAGCUCGACCGUGGACAUGUUGUAAUACCGAAGUCAGUAACUAAGUCACGUAUUCUGGAAAAUGCUCAAGUAUUCGAUUUCAAACUAAGUGAUGAAGAUAUUGCUUACAUAGAUACAUUUGAUAUUGGUGGAAGAAUUUGUGCAAUGCCUGAAUGUUCAAAAAAUAAGAACUGGCCAUUCCACAUUCCAUUUUAAUACAAUGCAGGACAUUUUUACUUCAUCACAGAUUUUUCAAAAAAUGAAUCAUAACAACAUAACAUAUGAUUACACAAACUUUUGUAAGAAUUUGUAAUAAGAAAAUCAAUAAAAUGAGCAAAUCAUUUCAAAAA